UGUGGGAAAAUUUUCUUGACCUGGAGUGAACUCUAGGUCGUUCUCGCAGACUCUCGCGCGGAUUGGCGGAGAUUGCGAGAGUUGGAGGCUGCUUCCCACAGGCCAAGAUGGCGCCGGUUGUGACAGAUUGCGACAACCAGUAUGAAGAUCAGAGACAGGUACAGAAAAGACAAGAGCCAAGAAGACUGACCAGAGAUGCCAUGAGUAGGUACUUAAAAGACAAGGCCAGUCUGGACCACACACUAGUCAUCCAACAUGCAAAAGUUGCACAGAAAUCCUACGGAAGCGAAAAAAGGUUUUUCUGCCCCCCUCCAUGUGUGUACUUACAAGGUCCGGGCUGGAAGAACAGGAAAGAACAGAUGGAGAAGGACGGAGCGACAGAACAGGAGACGACUGUACACGCCUUCAUCGGUAUCGGGAACAGUGAUCAGGAGAUGCAACAAUUACACUUAGAGGGAAAGAAUUACUGUGCAGCCAAAACCCUGUAUAUAUCCGACUCGGACAAGAGAAAACACUUUAUGCUGUCAGUGAAGAUGUUCUGUGGUAACGAGGACGACAUCGGGGUCUUCUUCAGUAAAAGGAUCAAGGUUAUCUCCAAACCCUCCAAGAAGAAACAAUCGCUGAAAAAUGCUGAUUUGUGCAUUGCUUCCGGUACAAAAGUGGCGCUGUUCAACAGGUUGAGAUCGCAGACGGUCAGCACGAGAUAUCUCCAUGUGGAGGGGGGAAACUUCCACGCUAGCUCACAACAGUGGGGAGCCUUCAGUAUACACCUCUUGGAUGAUGCAGAAUCUGAGAGUGAGGAGUUCACAGUAAGAGAUGGGUACAUUCACUACGGACAGACUGUCAAACUGGUCUGCUCUAAAACUGGCAUGGCUCUACCCAGAUUGAUAAUCAGAAAAGUGGACAAACAGACCGCCCUGUUGGACGCGGAUGACCCAGUGUCCCAGCUCCAUAAAUGUGCCUUCUACCUUAAGGAUACAGAGAGGAUGUACCUGUGUCUGUCACAGGAGAGGAUAAUACAGUUCCAGGCCACGCCUUGCCCAAAAGAGCCCAACAAGGAGAUGAUUAACGAUGGCGCAUCGUGGACCAUCAUCAGUACAGACAAGGCGGAGUAUACGUUCUACGAGGGCAUGGGUCCAGUCCACGCCCCGCUUACACCAGUGCCUGUGGUCGACAGCUUACAGCUGAAUGGAGGAGGUGAUGUGGCCAUGUUGGAAGUACAAGGUGAAAACUUCACACCAGCCCUGAAGGUUUGGUUUGGCAAUGUGGAGGCAGAGACCAUGUACAGAUGUGGAGAGAACAUGUUAUGCGUAGUGCCUGACAUCUCGGCCUUCAGGGAAGGAUGGCGCUGGGUGAGACAGCCCAUCCAGGUUCCGAUCUCGCUAGUCAGGAACGAUGGCGUCAUCUACCCCACCUCUCUCAACUUCACGUACACUCCAGAACCCGGACCAAGACCACACUGUACCGCUGCAGAGGACAUCCUUAGGAGAGGUGGCAGCAUUACGGAAGACGUGACACCCGCUGGGCUGGGUGCGAACGGAGGUCACGAGCAGACCCCAUCGACUGGGCUGGGUCCGUAACACAGGCAUGGAACUCACAGCACACUGCCUCCACUCUUAUCAUGAUUAUUAUUAUCAGUUGUACAUACGUAUAUUAUUAUUAUAUAUGGAUAUUCACAUUGAGUCAGGCCAGCUUUGUGUCUUCUAGAAGUACAAGUAUCACAUGGCCCAUUCUCCUUCGACUCGUUCGAGAGACAUCCAACGGCGCUAGCAAACCACCUUUUGUCUGUACUCUGCUAUCUCAACCAUCGUCAUCAGUUCCUGGCCACCCUGCUUAUAAAUAUUGAUGAGCUUCACC